GAAGAAUGGCGGCGCCCAUAAGGCAGUCUCUGUUUGGGGUGGCGAAGGGCUGGUGGCGGUUCGAGGGGCUCUGGGCCGGUAGCCUGGGUUCUCGCAGCCUAGCCCUUGCGGCUGCACCCUCGAUCAGCGGGUCUCCAUGGCGUCUUUUGGGCGCGGUGUGCCUGCAGCGGCCACCGCUGGUCUCGAAGCCGCUGACCCCAUUGCAGGAAGAGAUGGCGGCUCUACUACAGCAGAUUGAAGUAGAGGGAAGUUUAUAUUCAGACCAUGAGCUUCGUGCUUUAGAUGAAGCCCAGCAACUGGCAAAGAAGAAAGCUGACUUGUAUGAUGAAGAAGGAGAUGAACGGAAUAUACUGCUGGUGCAGGAUUUGGAAGAUGCAUGGGAGCAGAAGUUCCUACAGUUCAAACCUGGAGCUCGUAUAACAGAAGCCGAUAAAAAGAAUGACCGAACUUCACUGAACCGGAAGCUAGAUAGGAACCUUGUUCUGUUGGUCAAAGAGAAGCUUGGAGACCAGGAUGUUUGGAUGCUUCCCCAGGCAGAGUGGCAGCCCGGGGAGACCCUCCGAGGAACAGCGGAACGAACCCUGGCCACGCUCUCAGAAAACAACCUGGAAGCCAAGUUCCUGGGAAAUGCCCCCUGUGGCCACUACAAGUUCAAGUUCCCUCAAGCAAUGCGGACAGAGAGUAGCCUCGGGGCCAAAGUAUUCUUCUUCAAAGCACUGCUAGUAACUGGAGACUUCUCCCAGACCUGGAAGAAGGGCCAGCACGUCUGGGUCUGUAAGGAGGAGCUGGGCGACUAUUUGAAGCCCAAGUACCUGGCCCAGGUUAGGAGAUUUCUCUUGGACCUCUGAUGGUUGGUGCGGCCUGUGGACAUUAUGUGCUUGUCCCAUCUUUGUAGGGAACAGCACGCAGCCAACUAAAUGCAGAGAAAUAAAUGAGUUUAUCAUUG